GCUUCGCUCCGAGGGGCUGCAUUGCAGACCGGCGGCAGACAAAAGCCGAGCCGCGGCGCCGGCGAGCACGAAAGAGCCGCUCCGUCCUCCGAGCCCUCCGUCCCUCGGACAGCCUGAAAAAUGCUGGACACCAUCAGCAGCCAGUACGAUUCCUUCAUCUACUGGAGGAUGCCGAUCCCGCGGCUGGACGUGGCGGAGCUGGAGGGGCUGGGGCUCAGCGACGCGGCCCUCUACAAACCCAAGGGAGGGCUGGGCAAGUUCGCCAGCGAGCGGAAACAGGCCAGCCAGGACAGCCCCGAAGAAGAGGACAGUCUGCUGCAGUUCAACAGCUUUAAUUUCUGGAGAGCUCCCAUCGCUAGCAUUAGCUCGUUAGAUUUUGAUCUAAUUUGAAGCCCUCCUUCCCCUCCCCCUGCCCCCUCUCUGCUAGGCAUGCAAAGAUUUGGUUUUGUUAGUUCUGUACAUUGUCAGUUUGGGGGUUGUUUUUUUCUUUCCAGGCAGUUUUUGACAUUGCAAAUUAACUCAGCGGUUCACCCCGGCCCUGUUGGCGACUGACAGAUGGGCUCUCCACAAAGUUUCAGCCUCUGUCUCCACCUGUCCCUGAUUUUCUUCCCUUCCUGUAGCAAUGCUGGAAAUUCCAUGACAGCGCAAGCAGGGGCUAACACGGCUGGGGGCAAACGUGAGGGGAAGGGGCAGACAGAGCCACCCCACUGCCCCUCGUGCCCAUGCCACGGGGCACAGGACGUGCAGGGAGGUGUCUAGGCACAGCCUGGACCCUGUGGCUGUGACCAUGCGUGUCCCUAUGCUCUGGAGCUGUGCUGGCGUGGUGGGAAGGCUGCAUUUCAGCUCGUUCCUCUUGCUUUUUUAAGAAACUCAUUUGUGCAAAGGGAGCAAUGCAGGACCUCUGUUAGCUGAUGGGAAACGUCUUGGCUUGCGGACGGCAUCAUCCCUGCUCCUCUCCCAGGGAUGCAGAGACCCGUGUGGCUCUGUGCCCCACUGCCCCAGUUUCUCCAAAUGCCAAUUUAUUCCCUGUCCUUCCCUUUGGAAUAACCAAGGUGGAAGAGGCAGAGAUGCGCACGGGUCUGGGCACGUGAGCCAAGUCUCUUUCUUGAAAAAAAAAAUGUCCCUUAGAGCCUUGCAGCCUGAGCCCAGCCAGGAGAAACAACGACCCAGAGGGCAAACACGCAGCAGCUGAAGUGUGGAAAAGCUCUCGUCUUGUUUAUGGGCAGUUGAUAGGAUUACGACUGGGUGUUCACUGCACUGGAUUUGAUUUUCUCCCUUUAUUAUCCCCUGCUUACCUGAGCCCAGGUGUGACUCCUGCCUCGGCCACUGGCAGGGAUGCAUCAUGGGGCUGUCCUGUUCGCAGCCAGCCAGCGGGGCCAGAUGGGUAAUGAGCAGAGCUGAAAGACAAAAAGAAUUAAUUUGAUGUCACCUUGAAAUGAAAAUGUUUCUGGUUCCACACCCAGUUAUCAGCCCCUUUCAAAAUAACAAGUAAAAACGCUGCAUUCGUUCAAAUGGAAAAUCUUGUCCAGAUGCUGUGAAGUAUUUUGGGGGAAGUUUUAACCUGGGCUUUCAACAGGCCGGUGUCAUUUCGAAAUGGGGGAAAACAAAAACAACAAAAAAGUAAACCCAACCCUGAAUCAUUCCAGCUUUUACACAGUUUUUUUCGCAAGAUUGUUUUCUAGGGGGAGACGACCUGACAAGUUUGCUGUCCUGAAUGUGCUUUCUGGUUUUGAUUCAGUCCCAUUGGCCAGUUUGUGAAACUGUGAUGGAUAUUGGUGAAAUAGUGAUGUGGAGCGUCUCAAAACUGUCCUAGAAGUGAGGGGGUAGGUGGCCAGUGGGAGGCUGAGGCAGCCUGAACACCUACAAGGCUCCAAAAAGAGGCAAAUAUUGGGGGAAAAAGAAAGAAAAGAAAGAAAAAAGACCGCAGCUCUCCUGUAAUCUCUAGAAAUUACCCAGCCUGCUAACUUUAAAUCACCUAUUUUAAACUAGAGGUGAAAAAUGUAAACUGUACUAUGUGGAGCUGUUUGGUUUCUGUGUUCCAAGCUGUGAAAACCACAGGAGAAUAUUUAUUAUGAAACUUUAAAUAAAAUUAUUAAAAAAAAAUACACAUUCCUGUGGACGCUUAAGAAUCCAUAUAGACUGCAAUCCAGCUCUUUCUGUAAUUUGUCAUUAAAUUGUUUGAAGUCUUUAACUGUGAACUGAAAACUGAAAUGAGAACAUGUAGCCUUGGACGUAGUGUCUGCUUUUUCGGUUGGGAUGCUGGAAAUUGAAGAGGAUGCUGAAUAAAAGGCCUAUUUGCC